AUUUAAUACACAAAACAGUUUGAAUGGAUUUCAACAUCUGCUGUCUAUCAUAGAUGCUCUCAGCAUUCUACAUCUCUCAUUUCUUCACUCUGUAUAUUUGAAUUAAGCAUUGAGUAACAGCCUUAUCGCUGAUAUAUUUUAAAGCACUCAUUUACUUUCAAUAUUGACAAUACAAAUCGAAUAUGGGAAGGACAAUAAAAAUAUAUGUGCUUAUUUGCAUGACACUGUAAUCCAUUCAUUAAUGCCUUUUCAAGAAUCAAUUGCACAUUUUAAGUAGAGUAACUCCUGUCUAAAAUCCAGAAAAAACAAGAAACAUAUUAUUGAUAAAUAUUCAAUACAUAAUAACGUAACAUGUUUUGACAUUGUGUUUAAAAUGCUUUUUUUUUGUUUACGUAAAAAGUGAGCACAAUAAUCUCGCCCUGUAUUUGCACCAGGUGAAUGAAAUACCAACCCUUCUGCAGUACUUGUACUUGUCUGAAUGAAUUUGCAGUACAGUACUGCAAUACAGUACAUGUACUUUGCAAAAUGAAUCUGCUGUAGUGUACAAUGAUACUCCAAUGCAGGGGGAGGCGGUGUGCUCUUUUAACGUUGACAGGAAAAUAUUUUGGGUGUCACAAGCGAUCUAACGACAGCCGGAACGGGUAGGACAGGCCAGGAAGAAGCUGCCUACUACUGUUUUGUUUACGAGACGACAACCUCAAACACCACAGUGCAUCUUUGCCGCCUGUAGCUCACGAUGGCCCAGAACCAGGUGAUCCUGCAGUUCCACUUUGCCACAUUUGGCGACUCCAUGCUUCAGAAGAUGAACCUCCUUCGGCACCAGCGACGCUUCUGUGACGUCACAGUCCGCAUCAACCAGCUCAAAGUCUCCGGUCAUAAGGUGGUGUUUGCUGCUGGUUCGUCUUUCCUAAGAGACCAGUUCAUCCUUCAGCAGGACUCCAAUGAAGUGCAGAUCUCCAUGAUCCAGGAGGCAAAGGUUGGCCAGCAGCUGCUGCUGUCCUGCUACACGGGCCAACUUGAGUUUCCUGAACUAGAGCUGGUCAAUUACCUGACAGUGGCCAGCUUCCUCCAAAUGGGCCACAUUGUUGAGCAGUGCACUCAAGCACUAAACAAGUUCAUCAAGCCACAGCCUCCUCACAGGCUGGAAGAUGGUGAGAUGAGAAGAGCCGGCAGGGAGGAAGAUGUGAGAGAACAUGAGAACUGCCAGGUGCAGACUAUACAGAAGGUGGAGCCCGUAGAGGAUGAUAUGAGUACUGAGGAUGACGAUGAUGAUGAUGACGAUGUCAUUAUACAGCCCAAAACCCCUCCUCAGAUCUCCGAUACACAUCCCAGGCAUGACGUGGGAGAGAGUGACAUAAGCAUAGUAAAGGUGGAGUCUAUGGAGGCGACCUUUCCCAGCAGCUCUCUAGCGGCCCUGCGCUCACCUGAGCCCCAACAUUCCCUCAUCAAUUCCACCGUGGACAGUCGUGGGAGCGAAAUGACGGCGCCCCCGAGCAUGCCAGACGACGCCUUCAGCCCCUCUUCUCCGUCCAACCCUGCAGAAAAACCCAGCGGUCACCAGAGGAACUACGACAAACCACUGCAGUGGUACCACCAGUGUCCCAAGUGCAGCCGUGUCUUCCGACAGUUGGAAAAAUACGCCAACCACCUCAAGAUGCACAAGCUCUUCAUGUGCCUCCUGUGUGGCAAGACUUUCACGCAGAAGGGCAACCUGCAUCGACACAUGCGGGUCCACGCCGGCAUCAAACCCUUCCAGUGUAAGAUCUGUGGGAAGACCUUCACUCAGAAGUGCUCUUUACUGGAUCACCUCAACCUGCACAGCGGCGACAAGCCUCACCGCUGUAACUACUGCGACAUGAUGUUCGCUCACAAGCCUGUUCUCCGCAAGCACCUCAAACAGAUCCACGGCAAGAACAGCUUCGACAACGCAAAUGAAGGCAACCUGCAUGAUGGUGGGCCUGAGGAGAAUGACACCCCUGGGCCAUUUUUCAUUCACUCUAACAAUUAUGAGACAGACUUAAAGGAGACAUACUAUGGAAAAUUGACGUUUUAA